CACCUUAUCACUGGUAUAAGCAGGGGACGAGCGGAUCAAUAGUAACUGUUUGCACCAACAUAAUGGAGGAGUUUAAGUCGCAGACAGAAGUCGAUGAUAACGUUUUAUUAAGACAGACGAUUUCUCGAAAUUUCAAUCACCAUGAGCAUGCAGGCUCACACCAUGGACUAUUUGGAGGAGGAAGCUGUUUUGCAUUACCACACCAUCGACUGGUCAUACUGAGUCUCGGCUUGCUGAAUGCUGUUCUGCUGAUAGCUUCUGUUGUCCUGGGAAUUUACUGUGCCAGAGCCAGCUACUUUCAGGUUCCUGUUUCAGCUGCCACACCCCUCAUCAUUGAGAUGAAUUAUCUCCGCAACCAAAGCGGUAUAAUCCGAGCGACACUGGAAGCCAGGGCGGCAAUAGCAAAAAAGCACACCGAUCACGUUCAACUAAAGCUAGAACUGAAGCAGCACAAGAUCACCAUGGACAGACUUCAGAGACAGAUUAAGACACUGCACGAUGAGAGGGAAAAUCUGCAGUCCAAUAAAUCUUCAUUAGAGGAUAACUGUGGCAGAUGCCUACCAGGAUGGAGACUUCUUAAAUUGUCCUGCUAUUAUUUUUCUUCUCGCAAUGAGUCCAACCCCAAGAAGAACUGGCUGGAUAGCAGAGCAGACUGUGUCAGUAAAGGAGGAGAACUGCUGGUGAUCAAUAAUAGGCAAGAGCAGCAACUCCUCUCUGCCAGCUUUCCAACCCAGAGCGGCAGUGGUGAGUGGUGGGAGAAAGGAUUUUGGAUCGGCCUCACUCAUGUGGCUACAAAUGGAACAUGGGUGUGGGUGAACAAUGUGACUGAAUUGGAAACAAUUUACUGGAGAAGUGGACAGCCAAAGACCGAUGGACCUCAGAGUGGGAACUGUGCAGCUUUGUCUAACUUGUAUGACACCACCAGGAUGUGGUACAAUGGGAACUGCCAAGACCAUCAAUAUAACUGGAUAUGUGAGAAGCAGCCAAGCCCAAUAUAAAAUCAAAAGAACGGCAAGAUGAUAUGUACCAGUGCAAAAUCUUUGAACUGCACCUUACCAAAUUAGCAUUCAUGUUGCAUUUUUGUUUAUUUGAAUUUUUGAGGAUGUGUACUACAGACAUUUGUGUUCAGUGCUAGUAUAUAAUAGUUGUCAAUGGAAGGAAAUAUAUUUGCCAAAUAAUCAUUUUAUGAAACCCUGCUUGAAUAAAUAAAAAAGUGU